UUAACUGUUCCCUGUGCUGUGUUGAUUUCUAGAAAGAGGAAAAGAAGACUUGACGUUUGGAUUCACCUGAACAACGUUCUCUCUCUGUCACUGUUUCCUUUUCUCUCUGUAAUUCAAAAGUCGAAGAAACCGGAGUAAGGCUCUGAACUAGUAAAUGGGAAAAAUCUAACAAUGUUCAGCUUUGAAGGAGAUUUCAAAACGAGACCCAAGGUGUCACUUGGAGGAGCCAGUAAAAAGGAAGAAAAAGCAUCGCUGUUGCACCGCACUCAAGAAGAAAGAAGAAAAAGAGAGGAUGAAAGAAAACGACUGAAGAAUGCCAUCAUCAUUCAGUCCUACAUUCGUGGCUACCAGGACUUGAAACAACAAUAUGCCAUUCAGAGGGCAAAGUUUGACGAUUGCGCCAGCCAGACACAGGCAGGGGGACCUCAGCAUGUCCUGGAUGGUGCCAGUCUCUGUCUUUUAUCAAGACGGCUUAUAUUUUUCUACAGACAGAGUGUAGACGCACAUAGAUUGAUAUGGUUAUGCCAAAACUUGGUGAAACACAACAGUCAGAUUGUGAAGCUAUUGGUCGGAUCACAGAAGCAAACAUGUAUGUUUCAGAUCAAAAGGAUGUUGGGCUUCUGCUGCAGACUUCUUCAGAAUUGCACAGACGACAGUUUAAACGUUGCCGUUCCCAUGCGGAUGCUAGAAGUCUUUUCUUCAGAGAAAACAUUUCUUUCUCUAAUUCCAGAUACUAACUAUGUAGCUUCUAUACUCGAGCAGAUUUUGCACUAUAUGGUACAAAAAGGAUACUACAGGUCGCUGUAUAUUCUUGUGAAUCACAGGCUCCCCCCCAGUCUGGAGUACAGCGACGCACCUUCUGUCCCUAUGGCAAGCACACUGUUGGAGCACAUCCUCAAACCUCUGCACUUUAUCUACUCCUCCUGCACAACAGGCGCAAGGCAGUUUGUUUUUGCGGCUUUUACCAAGGAGUUCAUCUCUGCGCCGUUUACCGAGCAGAUCUUUCACUUCUUUAUCCCGGCACUCUCGGACUGCCGGCUCUCAUUCCCAUUUGAGGCCUUUUUGAGCUCCCUCCAGGCCACCAUCGACUCUUCCUCAGCACCACAGAGCCAGGCACCGUGGCUGUUGUACUUCGUCCUCUCUGCAGGGGAGAACUGCUUAGGUUCUCUUUCAGAGACAGGGCUGCUGCUGUACCUUCGAGCUCUUCGGACGCUGCUGCCUCUGCUGCCAGUGUCUGAGAGCAGCAGCAGGCCAGAAGUGAACAGCGACUCGGAGGAUGAGGAUGACGCGGGCAUCCACGCGCUUCCCAUGCAGGAUGACAGCCGGAUCUCUGUGCAGCUGAUAACAGAGGAAUGUGUCCGCAAGCUGGACACCAAACAGCAGACGAACACCCUGCUGAACCUGGUGUGGAGGGAUUCAGCCAGCGAGGAAGUUUUCACCAUGAUGGCAUCCAUCUGCCACACUCUCAUGGUGCAGCAUCGCCUUAUGGUGCCAAAAGUGAGACUUCUGUACAGUUUAGCUUUCAACGCACGCUUCCUGAGGCAUUUGUGGCACCUGAUAACAUCCAUGACAACCAAGAUGAUCACAGGGUCCAUGGUGCCUCUACUGCAGCUGAUCUCUCGAGGGUCUCCUUUGUCAUUUGAGGACUCGAAUCGAAUCAUUCCCCUCUUCUAUCUCUUCAGCUCUCUAUUCAGCCACUCUCUUAUCUCUGUCCACGACAGCGAGUUUUUUGGAAGUGAAAUUGAAGGUCAGAAACAGUCCUCCAUGAUGCCCUUCACCGUGCCAGAGCUGGUGACUUUGUCCCGCUGUUUGAGGGACGCAUGUCUGGGGAUCAUCAAGCUGGCCUACCCCGAGACCAAAACAGAGCACAGAGAGGAGUACAUGGCUGCUUUCCGCAGCGUGGGCGUCAAGACGAACACUGAGGUCCAGCUGCGCAUCCAGGCUGAGCAGAAGCGCUGGGUGCAACUUUUCAAGGUCAUCACUAACUUGGUGAAGAUGGUGAAAGCUCGCGACAUCAGGCGACCCUUCUGCCCAGCGGGUCACUGGCUCUCUGAGGAGGUCAACAUCCGAGCUGAUAAGGUCACCCAGCUGUACGUCCCAUCUGCGAGACACGCAUGGAGAACACGAAGGAUGGGCCGCAUCGGGCCUCUACAGUCUACACUCGAUGUUGGUUCAGAACCUCCACAGCUGUCCGUCUCUGAAGAGAGACAUCUGGCCAUCCUGACAGAGCUCCCUUUUGUGGUUCCCUUUGAAGAGAGAGUAAAGAUCUUCCAGAGGUUAAUCUAUGCUGACAAACGGGACGUGCAAGGGGAUGGGCCAUUCCCUGAUGGCAUCAAUGUCACCAUCAGACGCAACUACAUCUAUGAAGACGCCUACGAUAAACUCUCACCAGAAAACGAACCAGAUCUAAAGAAAAGGAUUCGUGUCCAUCUGCUGAACGCUCACGGUCUGGAUGAGGCGGGCAUCGAUGGUGGGGGCAUCUUUCGCGAGUUCCUCAACGAGCUCCUCAGGUCAGGUUUCAACCCCAACCAGGGAUUCUUCAGGACAUCCAACGAGGGCUUGUUGUACCCCAGCCCCACCGCAGAGAUGCUCGUGGGAGACUCCUUCACAAGACACUACUAUUUCCUGGGCAGGAUCCUUGGGAAGGCGCUUUAUGAGAACAUGCUGGUGGAGCUGCCCUUUGCCAGUUUCUUCUUAUCCAAACUUCUGGGAACCAGUGCAGAUGUGGACAUUCACCAUCUGGCCUCUUUGGACCCUGAGGUGUAUCGCAACCUUCUCUUCCUUAAGAGCUACGAGGGGGAUGUGGAGGAGCUGGGGCUCAACUUCACCGUCGUGAACAACGACCUGGGAGAAGCUCAGGUGGUUGAGCUGAAGCUGGGAGGCAAAGAUAUUCCUGUGACAACAGCAAACCGGAUAGCCUACAUUCAUUUGGUGGCCGACUACAGGCUGAACAAGCAGAUCAGACCUCACUGUCUGGCCUUCAGGCAGGGUCUGGCCAAUGUGGUCAACCUCGAGUGGCUGCGCAUGUUUGACCAGCAGGAGAUCCAGGUGCUGAUAUCUGGGGCGCAUGUGCCAAUCAGUCUUGAUGACUUAAAAAACUUCACAAACUAUUCAGGUGGGUACACAGCCACUCACCCCGUCAUCCAGACCUUCUGGCAGGUGGUGGAUGGAUUCACAGAAGAAGAAAAGCGUAAGCUUUUGAAGUUCGUAACCAGCUGCUCUCGGCCGCCACUUCUGGGCUUCAAGGAGCUUUAUCCGGCCUUCUGCAUUCACAACGGGGGCUCAGACCUGGAGCGCCUGCCCACCGCCAGCACCUGCAUGAACCUGCUCAAGCUCCCCGAGUUCUGCGACCAACACCUGAUGAGGAACAAGCUGCUGUAUGCCAUCGAGUCCUCUGCUGGAUUUGAGCUGAGCUGAGCCUCUGUGUCACUAAGUCAACAAACUCGCUGCCACCCCGGUGGCUUUGGAGUAAAAGACUCUACAAGAAGGAGGAAAGCAAACGAUGCACUGAGUGAUUUACUGUGUGCUUCAGUGUGUGUGUGUGUAUGAGUGUCAAGCUGGGGGUAAAAAAAAAAAAAAAGACUUUCCCACAGCCUGGGAAGAGGGUUGGAGAGGCAAAGUGUGCUCGGACCCCUUUUUUAAAAAAACAAAAAAAACAUGUUGCUUUUAAGUAAUUUAAAUGUGUAAUCACUUAUAAGAAUCUUUCAUAAAAACGGCGAUGUCGCUGAGUUUUGCAGAAAACAUUUGGCGCUAAAACAAAACAAGAGUAGCAGCUACUCGCAGUAUUAUCCUAUACAUAAACGGAGAGUCGAUCACCAAAGAGUAAGCGGCAUCACGUGAAAAAGGCAAUAGAGCAGCCGAUGGGGACGGACCGUCGGACUCUGAAGCCACGUUGUGGUGUGCCAAGGGCUGCAGAGGAGCUUUUAUGAACUGCUAUCAUGUAUUUUCAUGUAGAAGUAACUGAAACUCCAGUUUUUGUCAUUUCUCAAAUAUUAUCUUUCCUAGUAAUAACUCUCAUGUCUGAUAACCAUACCAUAAGUGUGCACAUGGCAUCCAAAAUGUGGACAAGACUGAUCUUUCUGAAUAGGGGAAUUAAAGGAUGAUGGUUAUGUGAAUAUGUACAUGUUUACAGCUGCCCUUCAGUGAGUCGUGUAUUUAGUAUUUGUACAGGUUUGUUUCUCUUUUCUUUGUGUAGCAUAUGGAGGCUUUUUGUUUCCACGUGUCCUCUAAGGUCAACAAUCUCUUCCAUGAUCAGCACAUGUUUUUGUGUCAUGAUGAGAAGGCCUUCAAAUGAUCGGUGUACCAAGAGGGUGAGAAAAGAGUCUAUGGAGUUGAAUAAACCCACAUUUCUUUUUGCAUUUUCCUUCCAUUAGUCUUUUAGUUUCUUGUUGCUUGUAAUUUACAGUAAUGACCAAGACAUAAAACAGUGCUUUGUGGGGAAAUUUCCUCUCGAGUUUUACGGCCUCUGACAUAUAAUUAA